CCGAUGAUUUUUCUACCUCUCCCAGCAUCUUCAGUGCACCAUCCAGGCCUUACAAGAUGAGCUCAGGAUCCAGCGAGAUCUCAAUCAGCUCUUCCAAUCCGAUUACUCUGAGUCGGGUCGACUUGGAGCCCAGCCCAUUCCCCCUCAGGAGAUGACCGAAGACAACUUCCUCCGUCUCCACAGCGAGUUCGAGCGGCAGGCCAAGGAGCUCUUCCUCCUGAGGAAGACGGUGGAAGAAAUGGAGCUGAGGAUAGACACACAGAAACACACCCUGACCGCCAGGGAUGAGUCAAUAAAGAAGUUACUGGAGAUGUUGCAGAGUAAAGGUCUGUCAUCGCGGGCGGCGGAGGAGGACCACGAGCGAACGAGGCGACUGGCUGACGCAGAGAUGACCAUCCACCAACUGGAGGGGCUGCUGGAGCAGAAAGACAAGGAGAUGCUUCAGCUCAGAGAGGAGCUGCACAGGAGAUAUGAAGCAGCUCCAGAAUCAACGAAGACCAAGGCCCUGCAGACUGUUAUCGAAAUGAAGGAUGCAAAGAUCAGCUCUAUGGAGCGCGGCAUGAGGGAGCUGGAGGAGGAGGUGAUGAUGCUGAAGUCCAACGGAGCUCUGAGCAGCGAGGAGAGGGAGGAGGAGAUCAAACAGAUGGAGGUCUACAGAUCCCACUCCAAGUUUAUGAAGAACAAGGUGGAACAGCUAAAGGAAGAGCUAACUCACAGCCAAUCAGAGAAGGAGGAGCUGAAGCAACGAGCCAAUGAGCUCCAGCAGGAGGUGUCUGCAAUGGAGCAGGCAAAGCAGGAGCUGAGUCGUAAAGACAGCGAGCUGCUGGCUCUCAGGACCAAACUGGAAACUUUAAACAAUCAGUUUUCUGACAGCAAACAGCAUGUGGACGUACUCAAAGAGUCACUCACCGCCAAGGAGCAGAGAGCUGCCAUACUUCAGACCGAGGUGGAUGCUCUGCGUCUCCGUCUGGAAGAAAAGGAGUCUCUCCUCUCAAAAAAGAGUCAGCAGAUCUCGGAGCUGACGGAGGAGAAAAGCACUCAGCAAGGAGAGAUCACUGAUCUCAAAGACAUGCUGGAUGUUAAGGAGCGCAAAGUUAAUGUGCUACAGAAAAAGAUAGAGAACCUCCAGGAUCAGCUGCGGGAUAAGGAAAAACAGCUGAGCGGCCUGAAAGACAGAGUCAAGUCUUUGCAGACGGACACGUCCAACACCGACACCGCGCUGGGAACGCUGGAGGAAGCUCUGGCUGAGAAGGAGCGGAUAAUAGAGCGACUGAAGGAGCAGCGAGAAAAGGAGGAGAGAGAAAAGGGAGAUGAGAUGGAGACCAGUAAGAAGGAGCUGAAGGAGCUGAGAGAAAAGGUCUCUCAGCUGCAGGCUGAACUGGCUGAUCGGGAGACCUCGGUGUUGGAUCUGAAAGAAAAGGCCUCCUCACUUGCAUCCUCAACUCUAAAGAAGGAAAACAGGCUGAAGAAUCUAGAAAUCAAUCUGGAACAGAAGAAGGAAGAGUGCAUCAAACUGGAGAACCAGCUCAAAAAGGCUCAAAGUGCAGCGGCAGAGUCCCAGGCCAACACUGAACUUACUGAACGCAUCUCGUCCCUGGAGCAGGAAGUGACCCGGUGCAGAGAGGAGGCUGGGAAGGCACAGUCGGAGGUGGAGCGACUUCUGGAGAUCCUUAGGGAGAUGGAGAAUGAAAAGAACGACAAGGAGAAAAAGAUCCAUGAGUUGGAGAGUCUUGCCUCAAGACAAAUUAAGGACCAGUCGAAGAAGGUGGCUAACAUGAAACACAAGGAGCAAGUGGAAAAGAACAGAAACGCCCAGCUGAUGGAGGAGGCCAAGAAGAGGGAAGACAAUCUCAACGAAAGUUCUCAGCAGAUAAAGGAUUCUCUGCGACAGAAGGAGGAGCGCAUUGAGGAGCUGGAGGAGGCACUGAGGGAAAGUGUUCAGAUCACAGCAGAGCGGGAGGUGGUGUUGGCCCAGGAGGAGCACGCACGCUCACAUGCUGAGAAGCAGCUGUCUCACAUUCCAAUUCAUGAGUUCACCACAAGCGGAUUUAGAUGGUCGAAGGUGGAGGACCUACUGGUUGCCAUGGAAAAGGUGAAACAGGAACUGGAGGUGAUGAAAGCCAAGCUGUCGUCGACCCAGCUCUCAUUGGCUGAGAAGGAAGGCCAUCUGACUGCCCUGCGAGCCGAGAGGCGGAAGCACCUGGAGGAGGUCCUUGAGAUGAAGCAAGAAGCGCUGCUGGCUGCCAUAAGCGAGAAGGAUGCCAACAUCGCCCUGCUGGAGCUCUCCUCAUCCAAAAAGAAGAGAACGCAGGAAGAGGUGGCAGCCCUGAAGAGGGAGAAGGAUAGCCUGGUUCAGCAGCUCAAACAGCAGACACAGAACAGGAUGAAGCUGAUGGCGGACAAUUAUGAGGACGACCAUCUGAAGGUGGCUUCCCCAAACUCUGACCAGCCCAACAAUCACAAGCCCUCUCCGGACCAGAUUCUCUCUCCUCUCCUGGACCUGCAUCAGAACCGCAAUAAACUGAAGCUGUACAUAAGUCACCUGACCUCUCUGUGUCAGGAGCGAGAUCCAAUCAUAUUGCAGGACUUUGCCCCGCCCCCAGCUUAUCACCGCUCUGACUCCGCCUCUUGGCACACGCAGCUGCACAGCAUGACGGAGGAGCAGUUGGAGGCGGAGUUAGCACUGUGUGAGAGGGAGGGGGCGGAGCUCCAGGAGUAUGCCAAUCAGGUCCUGCAGCAGAUCGCCGACCGAUGCCCGGACAUUUUGGAACAAGUCGUCAACGCCUUGGAGGACAGCUGCUGACUUUGCACACACACACACACGCACACACUCAGAGUGAGACUGAGUUCACACUCAUUUGCAUGCAAAAUUAAAAAAAGAAAAAGGAAAAAUUGAGCGUGCACACACAAAAAGAAUCACACAUCUCCUGCAAGCUGCCACAAUCUUCCUGAAGCAGAAUGAUCAUCAUUGUUGGAGAUGUUCUCUGUGCUUUAGUUUACGAAGACUUUUGGUACACUUUAUGAGAGAAAAAUACAUUUCCAUUGCCAGCUGAAGGAAAUGGUGUUCCUUGGUCAGUCUAAAGUGCUUAAUUGGCAGAUUCAAUCAGAAUAGAUAUAUUUUUCUAACUCUUCUUAGAAAGAAAGCACCUGACCAUCUGUUCCACUCACCAUAAGUCCUGGCAGGCUGCGGUUCCACUGUGGGAAAACGUUUUCAACCUGAGACUGAAGCUUCAUAAAAUGAUCCAGGCUGUUUCUGAUGCUAGACUUGCACGUUUUUGCCACAUUUUUAUGAUUAGUUGAAGUAUUUUUAUUUCAGCUGCCUUUUGCUCUUUGCAUCAUUUGCUGCUAUAAUGUUUUUUUUUUUCUUUUUAACAUUUAGGCCUUUUUUGUUUUGAUUAGAAAGUCCUUAAAUUCCUCAGUACCUCCUUCACCUACAGGCACCUUGGAAAGGAUUGAUAAAGAGCUUCAAAAGUGUAUUUUUACAGCAGGAUAAUUAUUUUUAGCUCUGCUGUUCAUAGUUAGUACUUUGUACAGCCUUCUUUUGCCCAUUCGACAGCUUUUGGUCUUUAUAUCACAAACUCAGAGCAGAUGCAGUGAGAUAUUGGAUCAUAUAUCUUUACACAGUCUCUCUAUGUCGCCCAUUUGUCCUUAUGGUGGUUAUUUCCCAAAUGUUUGAGUUUAUUAUCCUGUUAAAAUUUAUUUUUUCUACCACACUCUGAUUUACAAUGUUUCAGUAUUACCUGGCAUUUGUGAUGCCCUGCAGUCUAACUUUAAUUUUAAACAUUAAAAUCAGCCUCUUUUAAUACUGAAAAUUUAAGGCAAAAAUGAACAAUUGUAUCUGUUAAUUUUUAAAAUUAAAACACGCCUUAUUAAAAUGUCAUGUUUUCCUCUCAUAGUAGAUGAGAGAAACCCGCCUCCGUUUCAUUUCAUGUUUAGACCCAAAUGGAAAAAGAAGUAGGUUAAUAACUAACUAAAAGUUUUAAAGACACAUUUAGGAAGUAAAAUAUCAGCAAAAAAAAAUUUAGCUGCAUUUUGUUUCCAGGUAACAUUAAUAUUCUUUUAAAUUUUUUCUCCUUCUUAAUAGAUGUAAUAAAAAAAUAAAAAAAACGCUUCGCCCA